AUGCCUUAUUACAAUAAAUAUACAUACACCACCACUCUUUCGACCUUUCGAAACCUGACUCUUGUUAAUUCUAAUAAUAAAAAUAUUAAAGCAGAAAAAUCUCUUGUUCCUACAGUGACUUCUUACAUCCAUACUAAACCUAAUAAGGUAGUUCGUACUGAUUUAUUAUUACCAAGUCCUCCAGACCUAAUUGAACAGCCAAAGCUUGUCCGUACAAGACCGAAUACUUUGAGUCGUGUUGAGAUGGCUUUUGGUAAGGCUGCUUCUGCUGGUGGUGAUGGGGGUAGUGCUGUUGGAACUGCAACAGCACAGUCGGCACAACAUCAUCAGCAUAAUAAGUUUGAGCAAAAUGGGCGAUGCAAGGAAGGAACUAAAUGUGCUUACAAGCAUGAUGAGGCGAAAAUUCCAGUCUGCAAGGAUUGGUUAAAAGGCAGCACAUGUUCUCGUGGCAGUGAUUGCUAUUUUCAGCAUAGUGCUUCUCCGUAUGUGGUCCCGCAUUGUAAGCAUUUCAAGCGAGGACCUUGCUACAAAGAGGGAUGUCGAUACACACAUGUGCAUGUUGCCAGGAACGCUAGUUUAUGUAGAAACUUUAUUGAAAAUGGAUACUGCGAGAAAGGUAACACUUGUAAAGAAAAGCAUGAAUGGCUGUCCAAAGAGGAACUUGAGGAUGAGUUAAAAAAAGGUAAUAAGCGUAGUUUGGAAGAAGAUAGUGAAGAAUCAGCUCAAUCAGCAAAGAGUAGAAAAGUUGAUGACGAUAAUUCUGGACCUGAGGACAUCUGGGGAAGAGAAUUUAUCUCGUUAAAAGAUAUUUAA